AUGACCCCACCCCUUCAGCUGCCCCCUACCACCCCCAGCCACAACCACAGCCACAGCCCCCAACAAGUGGAGAAGCCGGCCGAAGGGCGCAGUGACUCUCCGCUGCAGAAGUGGCAGGACAAGAUCAACAGUGGGUUUGACAAGCUGGUUGCCUUCGCCUCUCAGGUGGACAAACGCCGGAAGUCCACCGAGGCCGCCUCCCCCCGCCCCGACGGCCUGGUCGCCCCCCUCACCCGUCCCAUCCACACCCCCGGCACUGACCCUCACGCCCUAGAGCUGCCCGGGGCAUUCCGGGGCCGCCCCGACGAGGAAUGUGGCCAGCGGGGCGACACCCUCCCCGGCCCCCCUCCCUACUCCCCACACUCACCCCCACCUCUCCCCAGCCCCAUCCCUCACGGCAGGCCUCCCACACCCCAGUCACCCCGCCCCGUCCACCCGCCCAUCACCUCACCACCCCCAACACCGUCGCCAGAUCGGUGCGGGGCGGACUCCCCAGGGCUGUACCCACCGCGGGGCGCGACACCCCCAUACCUGCCCCCCGAGGUGGAAGCCACACGGCUGGCCUCACCCCCAGCCCCUCCUGGCCACUACCACCACCACCACUUCAAGAAAAAGUUUUACCACAAGGAACAGCUCACCCCGCUAGAGGGGUCCCCGCCCCCCCCACCACACCACCAUACCAAUACCACCACCGCCGCCACUGCUGCCUCCACCACCACCGCCACCACCACCACAACCACCACCACCAACAGCAGCAGCCACCACAACAGCCACGGCCACCACCACAGCACCAGCCACCACCACAGCCACCACCACGGGGGCAGUCAUCACCACCACCACCACCACCACCACCACAGCCCAACCACCGCGCCGCACCACGCAAAGUUCAGACCAAAGGGCAAGAACUGGCAGUGGCGGAGCCGCUCGGCCCACCACCACCACCACCACCACCGUCGCUCACCACCACCACAGCCCUACGCACCGCACCACCACCACCACCACCACAGACACCCUCCAGGAUACCAGGGCGGCGGGGCACCCAGGCACCACCACUCCCUCAUGCCCCCCGCCCCCCUGCAGGGACGCCCCACAGCACCCCCCCCGCCACAGUCCUACUACCACCCCUGAGGCAAGUCAACACUGCUAGAACAACUAAUAAUAAUGACAAUAAAAAUCAUAAUAAUAAUAACAAUAGUAACAGCAAUACCCCCCCCCCC